AUAACAACAACAUUGAUACAAUGUAAUGAAUUUCCAUUCAUUGUAUCAUUACAAUAUUCAAAAUUUACUAAUGAAAACAGUGAAUGGAAACAUUUUUGUGCUGGUUCUAUUAUACAUAAACAAUGGAUUCUAACCGCUGCUCAUUGUAUAAUGAAUGUAUCAUUUUUUUUGAAUCAAACAAUUGCAUUCGUCAAUCCUGAUUAUAUUGAUGAAAUUAAACAAAGAAAAAUUUAUCGUUUACAUUCAGCAUUUGUUCAUUCAAAAUUUGAUUCGAAUACAUUGGAUAAUGAUAUUUGUCUAUUAAAAACGGCUAAACCGAUUCGAUUGAAACAAGAUUACAUUAUACGAUUACCUCGAUCAUCAUUAUUAUCUAAACGAAUAGAUAAAAUAGCUAUUGUUGCCGGCUGGGGAACGACCGUAUCAAAUCAUCGAUUUAUACAAAAUCAACAACAACAAUCGAAACAUUUAUUGAAAGCAAAAUUGAAACCAUGGCCACACGAGAAUUGUAGUGAAUUAUAUCGAAAUAGUUUAUCAUUCAUUGUUCCGAAAAAAACAUUAUGUUAUUUUUCAUCAUAUCAUCAAGAUUCUUGCCAGGGUGAUUCUGGUGGGCCAUUAUUUCGUCAUUUAUAUAAUCAUUACUAUGAAAUCAUUGGAAUUGUUUCGUUUGGUGGAUUAUCUUGUGAUGGUUCAUUGCCCGGUGUUUAUACAAAUGUUCAUCAAUUUCGUCAUUGGAUUAUUUCGAACAUUAAAAAAAAUAAAUUAUGAGAUUCAAGGAUUUUUUUUAUUGUACAAAAAUUAUUACAGAAAAGAAUGAGAUGAUUG